AUGGGAAGUCACGCAACAACAAGCAAGCACAACUAUUCGCAAGAUAUGAGAGCUUCAAUGUCUUUAAUCCUUUCACUGGUUUCACUUCUUCUUCUCGAUGUCGCCUCUGCAAAUUCAGAUCCUAUCCCAGGGUCCUUUCUCCGAUGUCUCUCACAGAAUUCGCAGCCCAACCCACCAAUCUCUUCGGUCGUCUACGCGCCGGAGAAUUCUUCUUACGCCUCCGUUCUCCGAUCUUACAUAAGAAAUCUGCGAUUCGUCUCGCCGUCAACCCCGAAGCCUUUCUUCAUCGUAGCCCCUACUCAUGUAUCGCACAUUCAAGCAUCAAUACUAUGCUGUAAAGCCAACGGCCUGCAAAUCAGAAUCCGAAGUGGCGGGCACGACUACGACGGACUUUCCUAUGUUUCCGAUUCUCCAUUUGUAAUCCUCGACAUGUUCAAUCUGCGAUCAGUCAGCGUUGACUUCGAAACCGAGACGGCUUGGGUCGAAUCCGGGGCCACGCUCGGAGAACUCUACUAUGAAAUUGCCAAGAAGAGCGGAAUCCAUGGCUUCCCGGCCGGAGUUUGCCCUACGGUCGGCGUCGGUGGACAUUUCAGCGGCGGAGGGUACGGGAACAUGAUGAGAAAAUAUGGUUUAUCAGUCGACAACAUAGUCGAUGCUUGGUUAGUCGACGCUAAAGGUAGAGUUCUUGACAGGGAGUCGAUGGGGGAAGAUCUGUUUUGGGCAAUUAGAGGCGGCGGCGGCGCAAGCUUUGCAGUGAUUGUUUCAUGGAAAAUCAAGUUGGUUCCUGUUCCAGAAAGGGUCACAGUUUUCAGGCUCCAAAUGACCUUAGAACAGGGUUUAACCCGCAUUGUUCAUAAAUGGCAACACAUUGCCGAAGAGAUCGACAAUGACCUUUUCAUUAGGAUUGUGGUAAUGCCAUCAGGCAAGAAAGAUCACAGAACAAUCAAAGCCAAAUUCGUGGCCUUGUUUCUCGGAAACUCAGACAGGCUUUUGGCUCUGGUAAACGAGAAAUUUCCAGAAUUGGGCUUACAGCGCCAAGACUGCAUUGAAAUGACAUGGAUUGAAUCGGUCCUUUUCUGGUCCAACUACGCCAAUGGAACAUCGGUGGAUGUCCUGCUCGACAGAACGCCGCAAUCAGAAAAAUUCCUGAAGAAGAAAUCCGACUACGUACAGAAUCCAAUCUCCGAAUCAGAUCUGGAAGGAAUAUGGAAGAAGAUGAUUGAAUUGAAGAAAACGGCGAUGACAUUCAAUCCGUACGGGGGAAGAAUGAGCGAGAUUGAGGAGUCAGAAAUUGCAUUCCCGCAUAGAGCAGGAAACAUGUUCAAGAUCCAGUAUUCGGUGACUUGGAAAGAAGAAGGGGCGGAGGCGGCCGAGCGGAGCCUGAAUUCGAUCAGGAGGCUGUACGAUUACAUGUCGAAUCACGUCUCGAAAUCGCCGAGAGCAUCGUAUCUGAACUACAGAGAUGUGGAUUUGGGGGUGAACCAAAUCGGGAACACGAGCUAUUGGGAAGCCAUAAUAUGGGGGAGAAAGUAUUUCAAGAGGAAUUUCGAGAGAUUAGUGAAGGUGAAGACGAUGGUGGAUCCGGAUGAGUUCUUCGUGUAUGAACAGAGCGUUCCUUCGGUUGGAAUUUGGAGGGAUGAAGCGGCAGAGCAAAUGUAGAUACAAAUUACAAUUAUAUUGUUUCGUUUCAUUUACUAAUUGGUUUGUUUAUGCUAAAAUUUAGAUAAAGUUUCUUACUUUCUCAUACCUGCAAGCAACAGACAGGCAGUCUCGCAAGACUUGGUCAAAACUCUCUGUUUAAUAGUUUUAGUUACUUUAGUGGAUUCAUUAGAUAUUCUUUUAUUUUCUAUCUUAGUAGAAUUAUAUUAUGUAUAAGCCUAUACAUUUCCUGAAUUUGUAUUGAUUAAUAAGAAUUAUCUUCUUGUCUC